AUGCCGUCCCAACCUACAACCUUGAUAUUGGCUCUCCACGACCAAAAUUUCAGUCGAGACCACCAAAAUGCAUGGCGUGGUGUUUUGGCAGUGCAUUACAAUUCUCUAGAUCUCGCCGCAGAGAAGCAAAAGAGGGCCACCGCUAAUCCUUACAAACCACCUCUGCUAGGAGCUGCGGAUGUACAGAAGCCCGAGUUUUUGGGAUAUGUUUUUGAUCCUUCAACGAACAAGGACAUUGUGCUCAAUGAGAUUGAGGGACGCCUUCUAGAAUGCAACAUCCUGCCAUGGCCGUUGCAGAAAGCCCAAGCUGGUGCAGCGAGACCGCGUGAAAACAAGAUAACCAUCAUGAUCGACGAUGAAGCUAGACGCGGGGGUCGACCAGAUUAUUUCAAGAAGCAACAACGUGCGUUCAACGUCGGCUUUUCGACUCUGUUGCCUAAGCCUGACACACCGUCGCCCAUGACGAUGCAACUUAUAUGGCGAGACAACACCGAGCCGGUAUGGGGCCAGAUCCGGGAUCCUCACGGAGUUCUCUGCACGCUCCUGCCGAUGUAUUUCUGCGUUAGGGACAAUUUUGUCGCAGGUCUCACUAUGGACCGUCCACAGUACAAAUUCCCAGACUCCCUCGUCUGGGGAGCAACACCGAGCUCGAUGAUGGCACAACAAGCUCCGGUGGCCCUGAUGGCGGAGCAAGUCCCGUCGGCUGAGAUUGCAAUGGAAGAUACCGUACCAGACGCCAGCUCGGAAGGACCUGCGAAUGGGACCGUGGCGGGAGACGUGGUGACACCAGCUGAGGGGAUGACGACCGCCGGUGGAGGAGCAACAGCCGGUGAUUCUCAACCUAAUGGAGAUGCGGCGGCCAAUGAAAACACCACAGGGGACAAUGAUACACCAGCCGACAAUGAUACUGCUGACCCCGAGACAUUGGGGGAAGCAACGGUCGAGCGGGUGGAAGAAGAGAUGGAUGAGGCCGCUGAGGGUGACGCGGACACUGGCAAACUCGCGGAGAUUGGGGAUGAUGGCUUGAAAUGGGAAUAA